GAACGGGAGGGAGCACUGUGAUGAGUCAGCAGCUGGACCCGAGACGGGACAGGGGCAGGUGGUGGUGGGGCCCUGUCUCGCAGCAGUUGUUGCCGUGGACACGAGCGGUUUGUUGACACUGGGGCCGGGGCUACAGGGCGGCUUGACGUCGCUUGCCGUGAACCAGGCAUUUCACACCGAGCCUGGUCUGCUCGCCUGGCCUGGGCUUGUCUUCAAACUCUCGGAUCGUGCCUCCUUCUGUCCUUCGCUCCGCAAUUCACAACAACCAACCAUCCUCGCAACAUCUCGCCUCACUACUAACCUACACAGGGUUUCGCUUCUUCUCGUCCGGGCUUGCCGUCGCCGCCUCUCUCCUCGCCUUUCCAGCAUCUCCUACCACUUACAUACAGCCUCGUCGCCCUCCCACUCUCGACAACACCCCGCCGGCACCUCCUCAUGCGUCCUUAGCUCCAACUCACACAGCGGCACAUCUGCUUCGUCUUGUUCAAGCUUCAUCAUGACGGAGUCCGACAAGUACGAGGUUCUUGAGAAGAUCGGCCAUGGCUCCUUCGGAGUCAUCCGCAAGGUCCGCCGGAAAGCUGAUGGCAUGGUCCUCUGCCGCAAGGAAAUCAGCUACCUCAAAAUGUCCCAGAAGGAGCGCGAGCAGCUCCACGCCGAGUUCCAGAUCCUCUCGGGCCUCAAACACCCAAAUAUCGUCGGCUACUACCACCGCGAACAUCUCAAGCUCUCCCAGGACCUCCACCUGUACAUGGAAUACUGCGGCAAUGGCGACCUUGGCCGUGUCAUCCGUGAUCUGGCCCACAAGAAUCAAUACGCCGAGGAGAUGUUUGUCUGGAGCAUGUUCUCGCAGCUCGUCACUGCCCUCUAUCGGUGUCACUACGGUGUCGACCCGCCGGAGGUCGGUAAGAAUGUCCUCGGCCUCGGCCCUGUGGCAAAGCCAAAGUCGCCGCCGGGCGCAAUGACAAUCCUCCACAGAGACCUGAAGCCAGAGAAUGUCUUCCUUGGCGAGGACAACUCGGUCAAGCUUGGCGACUUUGGCCUGUCAAAGAUGAUCCAGUCCCACGACUUUGCUUCCACAUAUGUCGGCACACCCUUCUACAUGUCGCCCGAGAUCUGCGCUGCCGAAAAGUACACACUCAAAUCCGACAUCUGGUCAUUAGGCUGUAUCAUGUACGAGUUGUGCACACGAGAGCCGCCCUUCAAUGCCAAGUCCCACUUCCAGCUCGUCCAAAAGAUCAAGGAGGGCAAGAUUGCGCCUUUACCCAGAUGCUAUUCUGGCGAGCUCUUCGCCGUCAUCAAGGACUGCCUCAAGGUCAACCCCGACUUGCGGCCAGACACCGCCGCCCUCCUCAACAUGCCCGUCGUGCGCCUCAUGCGCAAGGAGAAGGAAGCGGUCGAGGUCAGCCGCAUGCUGAGAAACAAAGAAGAGGCCCUGAACUCAAGAAUUCGUGACAUGGAGCAGAAGAUGGCCAGUGAGAGGCAGCUCAUGCGCCAAGAGCUCGAGUCGUCACUCAGGCGGGAAUGGGAGACGAAAGCGCAGCUCGAGAUCAACCGGCACGUCAACGCCGAGAUUGCGCGGCUGCAGGCGCAGUUCGAGCAUGAGGUGAAGCAAAAGGUGGACGAAAGAGUGCAGCAAUUUAUGGACGCGCAGAGGAAGACCUCUACACCGACAGAGGGAGAGGAUGACGACGAGGACCUCGCGUCGUCGCUCGCCAGAUCAGAUUUCCCGCAGUCAAUCGGCGCAGGGAGCACAGACGGCGAGUUCCCGUCAACCACCGACAUUACCGAAUUUGACCCGGACUCCCCUACACCAGUGCCUGAGCCGGCACCGACAUUCAAGAAGGCGAGGACACCAUUCCACCGCGCUGCUACGAUUGCCGCGCCUAUCGGAACCCCUAUGGAUGUCGAGAUGGCGUCUCCGUCACCCAUUGCCAUUGCAUCUCUGUCUCUCUCGCCCCGCCGGAACAACACCACAAAAGCUCCGUCCGCAAAUGCCCCUUCAAUCUUCGGAGACGACGUGAAGAGGAGCGGGUCCCGCGAGCCAGAGCUGCUCGAAGUCGAGUCUGAUGACUCUGGAGAUGAGGGCUUCGCCCCUCCCUCGCCAACACGAAUGCCGAGAUCCAAGACCAAUCCUUUUGGCCCCAACAGACCCGUCUUGACGUCAACAAAAACAGCACCUGUGGCCCGUCUGAAGACACAGGGGGCCUUUGGUCUGAACAAAGCUAUCCCAUCUCUACCUCCGGCAUCAGCCGGUGGUGACACACAGAUUCGUGCGCACAACAGCAAUGGCGCUCUGCGGGAGCGCGCUAACUCUCCUAACAGGAGACUGAGCAAGAUCCCCUCAGCAGCUGCACUGGCCAGCCUAGCCGCCGAGAGUGGUCUUCAGCGGACAUCAUCACUGAAGAAGGAGACCGAGUCUGGACUCAAGACAGGAGCAGCCAAGAACAAUGUCAAGGGGCGCACAUUGGUCGAGCUGCAACAAGCUCGCGCAGGCGGACGCCCUGUCGAGAACUCGAACGUGAGCCCCAAGCGCACCUUUAAGGAACGUGUGAUGGGCAAGCACGAACCUGCCGCGGUCUGGGACCCCGAGAGGGACGAGAUGCCGUCGCCCUUCCUCGUGCGCACAAAGCCUAUGACGCGCUGCUAGACAUCAACUAGCAUUUUCGAUAAAGACGUGGCAAGAAGAGGCCCGUCAUCUGCUGCAACGCAGUCCAUCAACACUUAAUAUCUUUUCCUUUGUCACAGCUUUGAGAUUGCAUGGGAUUUGAAUUAUCAUGGAGGGAUCAGAGAAAAUUUCGGGGUUCAGAGUUGCUCAACAGGCACAGGACGAGCGAUUGUUCGCCAUGCCUCACUCUAGCCCUGCGUUGCACUCUGUUGAGAGCGGUCUGUACCACACAUAUCACGACGGGCGCGGGCGUUUCUUUCAUGUACAUCUCUCCGCAUAUUUCCGUGCGACUUGCGUUAUAGUAACUCGGUGGAGUCAUGGUGUCGGACAUUGAUCUUAUCUUACGAACAACCGGGGACAAGGGAGGAGGCACAAAAGAGGUCUGUCGUGUUUGAACACCAUACCUGCACUCCUGCGAUAGAGCGGGACUCUUUGGAUCAAUGAAUAUGAAAUUAUAAAAACUAC